AUGGCCAACCUCCCUGUGCUUUCUUUCGGCGGUUCACAAAGUCCUGCGGAUGUUAUAAACCUUCAUUGUCAGCUAAUGGAAAUAUUCAACAGAUUGCCUCCUACGCUCCUACCAUCACUGGCUCCCCAAUCGCCUUCAACCCAAUUAGCACUCCCUCUACCUCCACCAUCAGUUCCUCGACCCGCAACAAUGUCUUCCACGCAUCCAUGGACAUCUCAAAGCUCUCCAUCUUCUCAUUCUGCAGGACCAUCACCAGAGCGAGUUUACGCGCACACGGCAAAGCCACCUUAUUCAUAUAUAGCUUUAAUUGCAAUGGCCAUUGCAAAUUCGCCAAGUGGACGCCUAACGCUGAGCGAGAUAUGCGCUUUCAUUUCCUCUCGAUUCCCCUACUAUAGAGAAAGGUAUCCUAGCUGGCAAAAUUCUAUUCGGCACAACCUUUCUCUGAAUGAUUGUUUUGUCAAGGUCCCAAGAGGAACGGAAGGCUCAGGCAAAGGAAACUACUGGACUCUCGAUCCUGACUCUAAAAAUAUGUUUGAAGAUGGUAGCUUCCUGCGUCGGAGAAAAAGGUAUAAAAGAGCCACCCCAAAGGAAACUCAUUCUCCGUCACCAAGCGGUUCUACUCAAAGAGAAUCGAAUGGCCCGCACUACUCAGGAAAAUCGGCGAGAGACGUGUUUUCCAUAGACCGCAUCAUGCGAAAUUCGGAGAAGGGGUAG